UAAUUUCCAUAGAGUCAUUCUUUGAUAGUUAUGUGUGCCUGUAAGACGGCCCGUUAUUUUUCCGUAAGUCCUAAAUUAUGGAAUUUGUUUUGGGUGGAGUUGCUGCAAUAGGUGCAGGUUUUUUUACUAAUCCCUUGGAUGUUAUUAAAACGAGACUCCAGUUGCAGGGUGAACUGCAAGUCCGUGGAAUGUAUACCGUUCAUUACAGAGGCUUUCUUCAUGCCUUUUAUGCCGUAGCGAAAGCAGAUGGGGUUUUAGCGUUGCAAAAAGGCCUUGUCCCUGCAUUGUGGUAUCAGCUGUUUUUGAAUGGUGUGAGGUUAGGAACGUACGACUUCGCGGAAAAAAGAGGGUGGACGACGGACAGUUCGGGAGAGAUAUCGACACCAAACUGCAUCAUUGUGGGAGCAUUGGCCGGUUGCAUCGGUGCUGUCACCGGGAGCCCCUUUUAUUUGGUGAAAACACACCUGCAGUCACAGGCUGCAAACAGCAUUGCAGUAGGCUACCAGCACACACAUACAGGUUGCAUUAGUGCAUUAUGGAAAAUAUAUCUGGAGCAGGGCAUUCUGGGACUCUGGCGUGGUGUAUUUGGAGCAGUGCCUCGGGCAGGCAUUGGUUCUGCUUCUCAGCUUCUCUCCUUCUCCCUCUGCAAAGACUACUUAGGAAAUUAUGAAAUCUUUGCCAAGAGGCCUCUGUUGAACACAUUUACAUCUAGUAUGGUCGGAGGAGUAAUUGUAACUAUGUUUAUAACACCAUUUGAUGUGGUCAUGACUCGGUUGUACAAUCAAGGUACUGAUUCACAGGGACGAGGGUUGUUAUACAAGGGUGUAGUUGAUUGCUUCAUAAAGAUGUGGAACACAGAAGGAGUGUAUGGAUUUUUUAAGGGAUUCAUGCCAAACUACACACGUCUUGGACCACAUACUGUUCUUUGUUUUGUAUUUUGGGAUGCACUUAGAGGACUUCAGACUAAGUUUGUAAAUAGGCAACAUAAGAAAGAUGGAACUGUGAAAGUUGUGAGGUCAUAGUAGCAACUAGUUUGUUGUCCUGUGUGUUUUAGGUGUUUCAUUGUGUCUUAGCUUACUGUUAUCAGCGGAAGAACAUUUAUAUUGUUACAAUCUGAGCUGAACUACUCUGAGGCAACCUGGACACCCAAAAAUUAUAACAAAUAAUUUUUAUUCUGUCAAUAUUGGUCACCAGGGUUGUAACACCAUGUCAACUUGUAGAUAGAUACAAACAUUUCAGAGGAAAAUAUUGUCUCCAUCUUCCAGGCUGAAGAGUUAUUUCAGAGCAGUCUCCUUCCACAUUUUACUGUGCAACAUUAAUGAGCUCUUCAGUAAUAAUGAAUCUCACUGGCAUUUCAAAUGUUUAUAUAGUUACCUAGACUGAAUUUUUCUUAUUCCCACUUUUCUUCUUCUGUGAAAUUUGUGUGUAUAAUUAUUUACUUGGUAUAUUAAUUCAGUAAUAAACAUAUUUUGAAUACAGGAUAAUGCUAGCAAAUUCUAAAUAUUCUGCAUCAUUUCUAUACAAUUGUUGGUAGUGCUUUUAUGUAGAAGAUUAGGUCUGUUAUAGUGUAUUCUAUUCUUGGGACAUGUUUUUAUGGUACUAAUUUAUGCAUAGGUACUUUCUGAAUAUAAUAUAUAAUAACUUGACUUGUACAAUAAUUGAUGAAAUUAUUAUUUUAUAAUUUGUAUUAAAUUGUGCACAUAAUUUUUCAUUGGUAAUAAAAUAGCAACAAGUGGACUAUA